GACAUUGUUUACUAACAAGCAGCUUCCGGUUGGGACUCCAAAUAAGCGCAUGUCGUUCGGAGUCUUAUUUUCUGUUGUUUAUUAUCACUGUUUCUUGACAAAUAAUGUUUUUGUACCAACAACAUAAUUCAACGUUACCAAGGUGAUAUUCCGGUUGGUUUAGCAGUACUACCGUUACUCCUUUAGAGACAGCGGGCUACCGGUUAGCCAACUAGCUCAACAGAUGUUUUUCAGCACGAUAACAAGAAGGAAAGUCUAUCUCCAAUUACUCAUCGGGGUAGCUAUAGUUAGCUCCAACAGCUCUCCAGUAUUCAGCUUUUAACGUUAGCUGCAGUUUGUAUGUCAUGCUCCUCGGCCGCGUCUUGUUGAACCUCAGGUCGACGUGUUCAGAAAGUGUGUAUUUAACGUUAAAGAGAAUUUUUGCUGUCAAUGAGCCAUCAGUUUGGAGACUACAUUCCACCAGUCACCGAAAAAAUAUUAGCGCGCUUAAGCCACCUGUACACCGGUUCGGAUUUAAGGUAAAAAUUAUUUUUAAAACGUUUACCUCAGUUUACAAAAAUUAUAAUACUGCCAUCUGGUAACAUCAUUCCUUUCUGUUCCAGUUUAUAGCACAGUCCUGUCUUUUUCAGCUAACAGUGCAUGAUAUGCGGGCAGCCAGUAGCUCCUAUGGCAAAGAGACCACUGCCCUUGCCUUAGAUGAUGAUGAUCAGGAGAAGGAGGGUGGUGGUGGUGGUGAUGAUGAAGGUGUGGUUGGACAGGACAGUGAGAUAGAGGAUGAGAAAUCGAAGAACAUAAUAAUGUCUCCAAGCCAGGUGGAUGCAGUCAGCACUGAGGUCCAGCAAGAGGUGGCUGGCACUGGAGUCUUCUCUGUGUCUACAGCUCCUACAGUAUCAAAUGAGAAGAAGACUAAGAGGAAGAUAAGGAGGGAAAAGAGAAAGUUGAUGAAGAAAAAACUCAAGUCAUCCGAUACUUCGGACAAUUUAAUGUCAGAGCUCCCAUUUGCUUUGACAAGCCCCACCUCAUGGAAGGAGCUAGGAUUCCCCAACCCCGAGCUAUCCCAGAAGAAGAGGAAGAGAGGAGAUUGUGGAGGGCGAGUGGACAGUGAGGAGGAUGGAGACAAGAAGAAAAUAAAGAAACAGAGCCAGCGGCCUAACUAUUUUGUAUCCAUCCCCAUCACUAACACACAGGAGGUGGGGCUUCAGCGGGAGCCUCGAUUGGCCAGAGCCAUGAUCCCCAUCCCGACUCUCCACAUCACACUAUUAGUCACUCAUCUGGCCAGUCAGGAGCAAGUAGAUCUGGCGGCAUCUGUGCUGGCUCAGGCUGAGCCUUCAUUGGCUGAGCUGCUGGAUGGGCAGGAUCUGGUUCUGCCCUUCUCAGGCAUCGGUCAUUUCAGGAAGGAGGUGGUGUUUGUUGAGCUGGCCCCCGGACAACACAGACACACACUGGACAGCCUGGCAGAGUUGUUGCGGGACUGUUUUGAAAAGCAGGGUCUUCUGCAAGAAGACAGUCGUGGGUUUGAACCCCACCUGACCAUUAUGAAGCUGUCCAGAGCAUCAAAACUACGAUCUCAGGGUAUCAAGCGUGUGGACUCAGCCCUCUACUCCAACUUUACAAACAAGUGUUUUGGAGAACAGACAGUGGAGCGGGUGGAUCUUUGCUCCAUGUUGAAAAAGAAGCAACAAGAUGGAUAUUACCACACUGAGACUUCACUCCUCCUUGGUGGACGCCGCCUGUCUGAGCCUGAUGAGGCAGAGCUACUGAGGGUCAGCAGGAGAUUGGUCGAGGAUGCUGUCAACCGCGCCUUGCAACAGUACAAACAGGAAACACUUCAAAACGGAGGUGGGCCUAAUGCCACAUCAGCGCAGCCCCCUGGAAUCACUGAGGAAACUGCCACAAAGACGGACGCUACAGCUAACUCUACCACGGACAACAGGAAGUGACAUCAUAAGACUGUACAGAGACUGGAACACCAGCUGCCUAGCAGAGGGUUCAGUAAUCCCUGGGCACAAAGCCUGAACCAGCCAACCAGUAAGCCUAGCUUGCUGACUAGCUAACCCUGCUAGCCAACACUACAACGGCUAGUGAGCCAUGUUGGCUACCUGCUCACCUAGCUUGACACAGUGUUAGUUAAAUAGAAAAUGUAGCUUAAGAUCAUUGCUAGGUGACCGUUCCAGCGGGCCAGCUAGCUACGCCAGUUAGCUAAUUGACUAACUCUGGUGUCCUACAUCUAACAGCAAGGAUGUCCAUCCACACUCUGCAGUGGGUCUGUGUUUGUAAGUCAAACCCAGAAAACAUGUCUAGAGACACAUGUAUGUAGGAUUCACUGUGACCUGUCACAUGCAAACUGCCCUUUCAGAAUAAGAGAAAUUUAUUUUAUAGAAAGUUUGGUUGACCAUAACUUGCACUUAAAAUAGGACUCAAUGUCCUCAGUUCCCCUCUGAGUAAAACCUUUUUAUGUCCCUUGCUAGAUUGUUUCAGAAAAUAUUUAGCUUUUCAUUGAACAUGUGUUCCAGCACUGUCUUCAUAGACAAAACAUCACUCAUCUGCUCAUUCUGAAGGGGAUCGAGCUGAUUUAACUGUCAGGGUUGUGACUGACUUUAACUUAAGUGUGAAACACUCUUGGGCUUUGUUUGCGCAGGUUUUGCUGUAUGUUGUUGCACGUCUGGGUUCAACGCACUUUCAUUUUAUCUACAUCAGGAAAUGGAUCUCCUUUAAACUUCCAGCAUUUUAUUUUCCAUUUUACAUGAGACGUCUCUCUGCAGUUUUGUUAUUAUUCUGAGUUGUUUAAAGAAAGUGGCCCUAGCUAUGAUUUGAGUGUUAUAUAUAUAUUACUGUGUUUGUGCCGAGGCUGCACUGGGAAAAUCAUCACUUUCUAAACUCUGAAUUCAUUUUUCAAAACAGACACUAAGUGAUACCGGCUCCUGUCCCGGGUCUACAAACAUUCUGGGACACACACAUGCACAUCCAGACUGCAUAAGUCUAUUACAUUACUUUAUCUCUGAUACACUAAAUAGCAAAAGGUGUUAGAUAGACUGGAUACUAUAUUAAGGAUGAUCAAAAGUAAUGUACCUCUAUUACAAUAUGCUAUAAGUUGCCAAGAAUGCAUUUCACUCCACUGAUGACCUGGGUUCUUGUCUCAGUAAGUGUCCAUUUUUAAUGUAGCCAGCUGUCAGAGCUAUUAGAUACAGGUGUUUAUUUCAUAUCUCCCUGCCUGAUCCAGUCUAAAUGUAAAUAGGUUUUGUUUUUUUGUUCACAAAAUGCAUUGUCAGUUUAUCUCAGAGCAGAUGAUUUACUGGCAUUUAAAUUCAUAAAGUGUUUGAGUUGCAGUCUAACACGGACUGAAGCCUGGCUGCUGGAGGCUCAGUGUUUAUUGAGAGUAUUUAUGCUGAAUUGAGGAGCUAUUUCUCUGUAGUACUGUACAUUUAAAAGCAGUUACAGCACAGCAGUUAUUCACAUGGUGACACUGAUGUCAGGGAGGUUAACUCAGACAAUCGCUGGUGUCAGCCAGGAACCUUCUGGCUUUUAAUUUCAUUGGUAUUUUCUUUUGUUAGACUCGAAAAUGAAGUUGGUUUUCUGUGGGCUACAUGUGACCCCACAGCUCAUGACAUCCAUUCAGAAACACAUGGAGCAUCUGUGUGAAAUUAAAAGAAGAUGAUUUACAAUUUUUAAAAUGUUCUGGGAGAUGAGGUUUUCGUUGUCAGGCGGAUACAGCUAUGAUAAAGGCUUACGCUGACAUUAAAUGUGUUAUUUUACCUUUUUAACUUUUAUUUGCUUUCCUGUCGCUGGCUUCACUUUUAGAAGAAAUAAUUUCAUGUGGAGAAAAAUUAGAGAAAAGAUAUUUUGAAAUGAGAAAACCAAGUGCUCAGUUUGCAUUUAAAGGUGGAAAAAAAAGCACAAAAUUAUGAUUUUUCUUUUUUUAUUAUUGCCUUUUAUUUCCAGAGAGCAGGUAAUUAUAUACAUGCUGUUAAAUCAAAUCACCUCUGUUCAAAGUGGCCUUUAGUCACUAAAAUUGAUGUGAUCCUUGUUUAACUGUAAGUGCUUAAGGUGACAUUUUUAGCCAGCAUAAAUGAUUGGGUGAUGUUGGCUCAUUUUAUUGUGAGAUUUGCCAAAGUCUCUUAAAUGUUAACUUGUGGCUAAAGAGCUGGAUUCAUGGGUUAAAUGUAAAAAAUCCACUAACAGACAGAAUUCACAUUAUUUCUUUUAUGAGGUAAAAAUUUUUUUCUGUGAACAAAAACAAAGACAGACGCAGUUUGCCAGCUUAUAUUUUCAGAGUUUUAUUUCCCUGUGAACAGGUUUGAGCUGGAAAACGUGAAAUCCACAGGAGUCCUGUCACUGUGGGCUGAUUGAACCAUCAGUAACAGUGGUGAAUUCUGUCUUAAGGUGGACUUUGAAUGUUUUUGUUGUCACCAGAUCCUUAAUAUCCUUAAAUUCCCCUUUAAUACACAACUUGUCCUGUUGAUCUGUGUGUAUCUGUGUGCGAAUGCAUGUGAGCUCACACAUCGACUGCUGGAUGUUUGAUCAGUGGUUCCCUGGAGAAAUUCUUGUCUCUAUCAGUCAUGACAACUCGGAGCCGCGUGUGUGAACGUCUGUGCGAAUGUGUCUUUGCUGUUUGUCUUUCCAUUUGUCCAUGAGUAUGUCUGACUGCCUGGGUGUGUUGUUUGUGUUGUGUCGUAUAUCUUGUUCUGCCAUAUUUGAACAAUAAAACAGGAUAUGAGAUUCAAAACCAAUAUCCUUCAGUUUGCCUCCUGA